AUGUUUCCAGGUUCUCCAGAUGCUUUUCAUCAAGUAAGAAUGCUUCAAUCACUGGUUAAAGCAAGUAAUUUCAAAUUACAAUCAAUGGAAUUCAAGUGUCAUUCAAACAAUGUUUGUGAAUAUCAAUUGGAAAUGUUGCAUCAUUUAUUGACAAUUGAAUCAAAGACUUUACCAAAUUUAUCAUUAAUUGAGCAACAACCUGAAAUCAAAUUGGGUAUGAGACCUUUGUUGUUGGACUUCUUAAUGGAAGUUAUAACUAUCCUUAAUUUAUCAAGAUCCACUUUCCCAUUAACUGUCAAUUUGAUUGAUCGUUAUUGUUCUACCAGAAUUGUUAAAAAACAACAUUAUCAAUUGUUGGGAUUAACAAGUUUAUGGAUCAGUUGUAAGAAUUUGGAUUCCAAGUUUAAAGUUCCAACAUUGAAUGAUUUAAGAAAAAUUUGUGUGGAUAGUUAUUAUAAAGAAUUGUUUGUUGAAAUGGAAAAACAUAUUUUGAAAAGUUUAGAAUGGGUGAUUAAUAGUCCUACAUUUGAUGCUUUUAUUGAUUUAUAUUUGAAUUUGUUGAUUUCAAAUAGUAGUAAUUUGGAUGUUUCCAAUUCAAUCAAAAAAUCAUCCCAUAAAUUGAAAUUAUUCUCAAACUAUAUUGGUGAAUUGUUUCAAUUCUAUCCAAACAUUUACUAUGAUUACACUUCUUCACAAAUUGCAUUAAUUGCUAUUCUAAUUUCAAUUUUAACUUUAAAGAUUCCUGUUGAUUUGAUUAGUUUGUUGAAAUUUUAUAAUGGAUUGGUCAAGACUGAUAUUUUCCAAUCUAAUGUUAAUGAUGGUGAAGAAUUUGAAGAAAUACUUUCUAUUGAUUCCUUCCAUUCAUUGUUUAACAAAAAUUUCUUCAAGAACAUGAUCAAGAUUAUUGACAAUCCACCAAGUAGUCUCAAGAUUAAAUAUUUUGCUGAAAAUGGUAAAUAUUCUGUAUUGAUGAAACAAUUGGUAAGUCAAGCCACAAAUACUUUGACUUUAAUGCUUGAACCAACUCCUUCAACUCCAAAGGUUUCCAUCAAACAUUACAAUCAAGGAAACUUUGCUGGUGAUAAUUCAAUGGCUAUUCCUUUAACACCAGUAUCUAAUAGUACUAGUCCAAAUAGAUUCAGUCCACCUGAUCAAAUAUUUGAUUCAGCAAAGAAUAGUUUUAUUGGUACAUUGACACCUGAUUCACAAUCAACAUCACCUGGUGAAAAGAGAAGUUAUGAUUGUAUUGAUGAAUUGGAAAUAGGUACCAGUUCGAUUGCCAAUUAUACCAUUGAAGUUCAUGAUACCAUAAAGAGAUCAAAGAGUAUUAAUCGUGGACCAACGUUUUAUCUUCCUCAUUAG